AUGGAUGUGUCCUUUAUUCGACCGGGGUCCCUCCACUUCCCUGACUCCGACCUGCCCGCUGCUCCCAAACUGCCUGUGACUAGUUCUCCGAUGCUCCGCCCCACGGUCGGUUGCUCCCCGCCCAGUGCUCCGCCCGCCGCGCUCGGCUGUUUCCUAGCUAGUGCUUCCGCCUCGCGCUCGGUGACUCCCCGCGCAGUGCUCACGCCCGGUGCUCAGUUGCUCCCCGAAGGUGCUGCCGCCCACCGCGCUAGGUCGCCGGGUAUGAACAGCGACCGGGGUGCUGGUCACCGAGUCCCCGCCUGGCCCGCCGCCCCCAGGCCCCCCGCCGCGGCACCCCCCGGACCUCCCGGGCCCCCCGGUCGCGGCACCGCCUUUGUCCCGCCGCCCGACUUCGGGGACCCCGGAACUGGCUGCGCCCGGACCCCGGGGACCCCGGAACUGGCUGCGCCCGGACCCCGGGGGACCCCGGAACUGGCUGCGCCCGGACCCCGGGGAUUCCCGGAAGUGGCUCCGCCCGGACCCCGGAGGACCCCGGAACUGGCUCCGCCCGGACCCCGAGGAUCCCCGGAAGCGGCUCCGCCCGGACCCCGGGAGACCCCGGAAGUGGCUGCGCCAGGACCCCGGAGACCCCCGGAAGCCGCAGGCGACGCCCCUGCUGAUGCCGCGGCUGCUACUGCGCCGCCCUCGCCACGCGCGGCCGGGGAGCCCCGUGGACGCCCCAUGGCGGCUCCGGGGUCGACCCCCCCGGCCCCCCAGGGCCCCGAGCCCCCCCAGGGCGUGGGGGACCCCGCCUACAGCCUGGACGACCUGGACACGGUGGCCACCGUGGGUGAGUGCUGCGCGCGGGGAGCUCGGUCGUUGGUCACCGUGGGCACCGGGACCUUCGGCCGCGUCCACCUGGUGAAGCAGAAAACCACGGAGCGCUACUUCGCCCUGAAGGUCAUGAGCAUCUCUGACGUCAUCCGCCUGAAGCAGGAACAGCACGUACACAACGAGAAGGCGGUGCUCAAGGACGUCACGCACCCCUUCCUGGUCAAGCUGUUCUGGACAGCGCACGACGCGCGCUUCCUGUACAUGCUGCUGGAGUUCGCGCCGGGCGGGGAGCUGUUCAGCUUCCUGCGCACGCGUGGCCGGUUCUCGCCGGCCACCGGCAUGUUCUACGCGGCCGAGAUCACCUGCGCGCUCGAGUUCCUGCAUGGCCGGCACGUGGUCUACCGCGACCUCAAGCCCGAGAACAUCCUGCUGGACCGCGACGGGCACGUCAAGCUCACCGACUUCGGCUUCGCCAAGAAGCUGGCCGACAGGACGUGGACGCUGUGCGGGACCCCGGAAUACCUCGCCCCCGAAGUCAUUCAGAGCAAGGGCCACGGGAGGGCCGUGGACUGGUGGGCACUCGGCAUCCUGAUCUUUGAAAUGCUGUCGGGGUUCCCACCGUUCUUUGACGACAAUCCUUUCGGAAUCUACCAGAAAAUCCUCGCCUGCAGAAUUGACUUCCCCAGACACUUGGAUUUCACGUCCAAGGACCUGAUCAGGAAGCUGCUGGUGGUGGACCGGACGCGGCGACUGGGCUGCAUGAAGAACGGCGUGGAUGACGUCAAGCGGCAUCGCUGGUUCCGAGGCGUGGACUGGGACAGCGUCGUGCUGAGGAAGCUCAAGCCCCCCAUUGUGCCCAAGGUCUCCGGGGACAGCGACACGUCCAACUUCGAAUCCUACCCCGAGCAGGACAGGAACGACGUCACGCCCGUGGCCGAUGAGGACCUAGAGACGUUCAAGGACUUCUGACCCCCAAGGAACUCUGGGAUUUUUACCUGCUGCGGCUGAUGUCGGAGACUUCCGACUCCUCGCCUGAGCGGUGGCGUCACAGCCCACGGUGCUUCCGAUGCUUGCACACCGCACGGUGGGCCUGCACCUGCGCAGACCAAGCCGAGCGUCCUGGAGUCAGGAAGUGGAAACCUGCCAUGGAGGACGUCCAGACGGUUGCUUGUGUGUUCUGAUCGUGGACCGAACUGGACUUUAUACAUUCAAGCUGGAGGACUCGGUGAUAAGCACUUGCCUGUGGACGGACUCACUGAUAAUCACCCACGUGGCUGUGCGUCCUGUUUUGUUUCUUUGGUUUUCAGCAAGAUUUUCCCGAGUACAGUUCUGUACCCACCGAGCUACAAGCAACAUCCAAAGUAGAGUUUCAGGAGGUUGCACCCCCACCGCGUGGGUGCUGGGAACAGAACUCGGUCCUUUGCACCCGCACAACCUACUGUGCGAAGAGCCGAACGAGGCCACUGCCGCACAAGCGUCCGCGUCUCAAGUUUGUCCGUCUCAGCCCCAAUCAGUGCCUGGAUUCUAUUUUUCUUUCUUUUUAACUCAUCUAUGACGUCGCCACGUCGUGACGUCACCUGCCUGAAUUCUACUGAUUUUUAAGAACUGCGAUGUGGCCUCGCUGUGAUGUCACCUGCCUGGAUUUUAUUUAUUGUUGAAAUCUCCGAUAUGACGUCACCACCUCAGGUCAUCACCGCUCCGUGACGUCACAUGUGCCUCUGACGUGAUUUGCCUCUGACCUUUGUGACAUUUUGAACUAUGACUCAACGGCCGAGCACUGUUCUCAAACAACCCCGACGCGGAGCACUUCAGGCUGUCUCUGCUUCCUGAAGUCCCCGCUCCCUGACGUCACGACCGCACGCCCCACGUGCCUGUGUGAUGUGGUUUCCCUCUGUGUUUUUCUGAGGUCUGAACCAAGACUUGGGCAAGCACUGUUCACAAACGACCCGGCACAGAGCACUUCAGGCCAAGUCACCCCACAGGAGAUAAUGACAUCAUCACUACUCAGCCGCCUGCGUGGACAUCACUUUCAGGAGGAUGUCCUGCGGGGCGAACGGUCGGCGGUCGGCGGCUCCGUCCACGGCCUCUGGCUUCUCGGGUAGAUAUCUGAGCUCUAGCCUUGGUGCGAGGAUGGCCCCACCGGGAUGGUUUGUAUAGGGACUCAGCCCAGCACCCUGCAGUGCCUCCUGGGUUUCCGGAGGAUGUGUCUGCACGAUGGGAUCACUGUGACGUGUCUGCAGGAUGGAAUCACUGUGACGUGUCUGCACGGUGGGAUCACUGUGACGUGUCUGCACGGUGGGAUCACUGUGACGUGUGAACACUUCCAGCACUGUCUGCCCCAGGCCCUUGUUUGCUAAUUUAUGCUCUGAUGCUCCUAAUAGUAAAACUCUGUACUC